AUGAGUAAAGUUCUCCCACGGCACACGCCGAAGAACACAAGCUUGGUUAAAAUUAAGAGGAAAAACCGAAAAGCAUUGUCAUCGACAACAAACACUUUGUUGACCAACAUCACUUUCUCCACGUCAGCUAUAGCUAAUGUCAGAUCAUUGAGGAACAGCAACACGGAAAACACCCUCAGCAUGAUCAGCACACCUUGGAGUACUGAUUAUAAUUCAUACGCGUCUAUCGCUUCACAUAAAGGCGCCGUACGAAGUUAUCCAUCCUCGGCGAGCCUCAUGCCUAUUUCCAGCUCAACAGUGAGGGCAUCCUCGCCGGAGAACUUGUCUGUCAAGACAACUAUCACCCUAUAUAAUGUUCCGAGUGUGCCAACAGAACAAGAUUCUGCAUUUCGUUUCCCAAAACUGAAACUUACUCGUAUCAGAUCUUCUGAUACGUUGAGCUCUUGGACUAUAGAGACUUUUACGAGCAACGGGCUGUCAAGUGUUUCUGGUAAAGUGAAACCUAAGUACCCGUGGAGCCCUAGUUCGGUGUUCAGCGGGACAGACAUAUACCCAACUACUGUGGAGACGCUCGUGUCCAGGAAGGGCAGUCGGGAGUCUUCGCGUGUGUUCGGAAGCGUCGCAUCGAGGUAUGACAUGGCGCCAAUGAACCUCAAGGAAAACAAGUCUGAGGACGAUUUCAUUUUAGACUCAAUUUUGAUAAAAACCAAAGGGAUCCCCAUUUGGCACUGAUCCCUAAAUAGCAUCACCAUUCACCAAUCAAUUUCAAUAUUGUUAUCGUGUAAUGUAAAAAAAAUUGUAAAACCAAUAAAAUGAUUUAUUGCAA